AUGAAGACUUUGCUUAAAUUACAGAUUCUCAAAUCCUUGUGGAUUUCCAAAUCAAGUUGUAGGCUUUUCCAUAAACAGCCCAGGCUUCUUGCCCCAGAGCUAUUUUCACAUGACGAAUCUAUCAGGCAGGGUGAACAGCAAGUGCCCGAAUACUUUAACUUUGCAAGUGAUGUGCUGGACAAAUGGUCUCAGAUGGAAAAGGAUGGAAAGAGAUCAUCAAACCCAGCCUUCUGGUGGGUAAAUGGAAGAGGAAAUGAAGUGAGGUGGAGCUUUGAGGAGCUGGGAUUCCACUCCAGAAAAGUGGCCAAUGUCCUCUCUGAUAUAUGUGGUCUGCAGAAGGGAGACAGAGUUAUGCUGAUUCUGCCCCGGAUACCGGAAUGGUGGCUGGUGAAUGUGGCUUGUAUGAGAACAGGAAUCGUCCUCAUGGUAGGGACCUCCCAAUUAACAGCGAAAGACAUUUUGUAUAGACUCCAGGCUUCUAAGGCCAAGUGUAUCAUUACCAAUGAUAUGGUGGCAUCCACAGUGGACGCAGUUGCAUCUGAUUGCCAGUUUCUGAAAACCAAGUUAAUUGUAUCCGAAGGCAGAAGAGCUGGGUGGCUGAACUUUAAUGAACUAUACAAAGCACAAACUGCUGAUCACAUCUGCGUUAAAACGAAGAUUCAAGACCCAAUGGUUAUCUACUUUACCAGUGGAACCACAGGUUCUCCAAAGAUGGUUGAACACUCCCAGGGCAGUCUUGGUUUCAGACCUGUCAUAAGUGAAAGAUACUGGCUGGAUUUAACUCCUGAAGACAUGAUGUGGUGCUUAUCAGAUACAGGCUGGAUAAUAGCUUCACUGGGGUCUGUUCUUGAUCCAUGGGUUUUCGGGUCAUGUGUCUUUGUACACAGCCUUCCACGGGUUGAAUCAACAACUCUCCUAAAUACUCUCUCCAGAUUUCCCAUCACCACUAUCUUUGGUGCUCCGACUUUGUUCCGCAUGCUGGUGCAGCAUGAUCUUACCAGUUACAAGUUCAUGAGUUUGCAGCACUGUGUGAGUGGAGGGGAGCAACUCAACCCAGAAGUGAUCGAGCAGUGGAAAAGGAAGACUGGCCUGACUAUCUAUGAAGUAUAUGGACAAACAGAAACAGGAGUAGUUUGUUCCGUUUUCAAAGGGAUGAAGAUUAAACCCGGAUCAAUGGGAAAGGCAGUUCCCCUUUAUGAUGUUCAGAUCAUCGAUGAGAAUGCUAAUGUUCUGCUUUCUGGACAAGAAGGGGAAAUUGCCAUCAGAAUCAAACCUAAAAGGCCACUUGGUCUUUUCUCUAAGUACAUAGAUAACCCUGAGAAAACCGCUUCAUCAGAACGUGGAAAUUUUUUUGUCACGGGGGACAGAGCGACUAUGGAUGAAGAAGGAUAUUUCUGGUUUCUUGGAAGAUCUGAUGAUGUCAUCAAUUCUUCAGGGUAUCGUAUUGGACCAUUUGAAGUAGAGAAUGCCUUGCUAGAGCACCCAGCUGUAGUAGAAUCUGCUGCUGUCAGCAGCCCAGACCCCCUCAGAGGCGAGGUGGUGAAAGCUUUUGUGGUCUUGUCACCUGCCUUUUCCUCGUGUGACCUGGAAAAAUUAACGCUUGAGUUGCAGGAGCAUGUCAAGAAAGUUACCGCUCCAUACAAAUAUCCCAGAAAGAUGGAAUUUGUCCAACAGCUACCGAAGACAAUCACCGGGAAAAUCAAGAGGGACGAGUUAAGGAACAAAGAAUGGGGAAAAAUGUAA